UGUCUUCGUCUCCUUCCUGAUUCCAGCAUUUCCAUCACCGAGCUUCAGAACCCGAUCACGCCGCUGCUGACUGUCCCUGGGCCCGAGCGUUUUGUAACAACCAUGUCGAAGAAGGCAGGAAACCGUGGGCCGGAGUACGAGGGGCCGGUGGAAGCGUCAAUUAUCCGGAUCCCGCCUCAUCACUACAUCCACGUUCUGGACCAGAACACCAACAUUGCCCGGGUGGAGAUCGGACCGUUGACCUACAUCCGCCAGGACAACGAGAGAAUUCUCUUCUCACCUGUGCGGAUGAUCAUGGUCCCGCCCCGUCACUACUGCGUGGUCCUGAACCCCGUCUCCCGCGACGACAACGCUCAGGUCCUCUUCGACCAGUCAGGUCAGGCUAAACUCCGCCACGCUGACCUGGAGAUCCGUCUGACCCAGGAACCGUUCCCUCUGUACCCUGGAGAGGAGAUCCAGAAGGAUGUGACGGCGCUGCAGAUCGUGUAUCCGGACACGGCGCUGCGUCUGCAGGCUCUGCUGGACUUUGAGGAGGAGGGCGGCGACAAAAGAGUGGCUGGAGAUGAGUGGCUGUUUGAAGGACCCGGGACCUACAUCCCCAGGAAAGAGGUGGCCGUGCUGGAGACCAUCAAGGCCACGGUAAUCCGAGAGAACCAGGCUAUCAGACUGAGAGCUCGCAAAGAGGGCGUGGACAGAGGCGGAGUCCGCAGAGUCACCGGUGAGGAGUGGCUCGUCAGUAAAGUCGGAGCGUAUCUACCCGGAGCUCAUGAAGAGGUCAUCGAUAUCGUUAACGCUUUCAUCCUGACUGACAAGAAAGCGCUCCACGUUCGCGCUCUGCGACCUUUCAAGGACACCGGCGGCCGCGACCGGCGCACGGGGGAGGAGUGGCUGGUCACCAUGGCCGACAGGGAGGCUCACAUCCCGUCGGUGUCGGAGGAGGUGGUGGGCGUGGUGGACGUGACCACGCUGAGCAGCAGACAGUACUGCGUGAUCCUGGACCCGGUGGGACCGGACGGGAAACCUCAGCUGGGUCAGAAACGGGUGGUGAAGGGCGAGCGCUCGUUCUUCCUUCAGCCCGGCGAGGAUCUUGAAAAUGGAAUCCAGGACGUGUACGUGCUGUCAGAGGAGGAGGGGCUUGUGCUGAGAGCGGUGGAGGCUUUUAACGACACGCAGGAGCUCGAGGAGGAGGAGUCAGAGGAGGCGGAGCAGGAGCGAGCCAAGCGCUCCCGCAGGAGCGGUGUCCUCCGUCGCCCCGGAGACCGCUGGAUGCUGCGGGGGCCCAUCGAGUACGUCCCCCCCGCCACUGUGGAGGUGAUGCUGAAACGCACCGCCAUCCCACUGGACGAGAACGAGGGAAUCUACGUCAGGGACAUCAAAACUGGAAAGGUGCGCGCGGUGAUCGGUCACACCUACAUGCUGACUCACGACGAGGAGCUGUGGCAGAAGGAGCUUCCGUCUAACGUGGAGGCGUUGCUCGCGUCCCCUCUGGAUCCGCUCGCCAACCGCUCGGACCGCACCGUCAUUUCCACCAGCAGGGGGCAUCGGGACAAGACCCGGGUCGUCUCCUACAGGGUCCCCCACAAUGCUGCCGUCCAGGUGUACGACUACAGGGAGAAGAAAGCCAGGGUGGUGUUUGGGCCCGAGAUGGUGAUGCUGGGACCGGACGAGCAGUUCACCAUGCUGUCGCUGUCCGGAGACAAACCCAAGAGAGCCAACGUCAUCAAGGCCGUGUGUCUGCUGCUGGGCCCUGACUUCUGCACGGACAUCAUCACCAUAGAGACGGCUGACCACGCCCGCCUGCAGCUGCAGCUGUCCUACAACUGGCACUUUGACAUAAAGUCUCCAGUGUCGACCGCUGACGCCGCUGCUCUGUUCUCAGUCCCUGACUUUGUCGGUGACGCCUGUAAAGCCAUCGCCUCGCGGGUCAGAGGAGCCGUCGCCGCCGUGCAGUUUGACGAUUUCCACAAGAACUCAAACCGCAUCAUCUGCUCGGCCGUGUUCGGCUUCGAUGAGAAGCUGACGGUUCGUCCGUGUCUUCGCUUCAGUCAGAACAACCUGGUGAUCAGCAGCGUGGACAUUCAGUCUGUGGAGCCGGUGGAUCAGAGGACGAGAGACGCCCUGCAGAAGAGCGUCCAGCUCGCCAUUGAGAUCACCACCAACUCCCAGGAGGCCGCAGCACGACACGAGGCGGAGCGUUUGGAGCAGGAGGCGCGGGGGAAGCUGGAGAGACAGCGAAUCACAGACCAGGCUCAGGCUGAGAGAGCGAGGAAGGAGCUGCUGGAGCUGGAGGCGCUCAGGUGAGAGAGACACUGAUGACAUCAUCAUC